CCGUGACCUUGCGCGCAAAUCAACAGUCGUAAUUUUAGGACCUUAAUACUAGAAUAUUUAUUUUGUUUGUCAGUGCAAGUAUAUACUUUUAACUAACCAGAAGAAAGAUUACCUUUUGGGACUGAAGUAUUGCCGAUGUUUAUUAUUAUCACUAAAGAUGGGUGGGCAUGUUAGUCGUGGUCGAGAUAACCAAUCACUCAUUGACGAACUGGUGCAAAACGGUCUCACAUUAAACCCAGAGACUGAGCGUGCUCUACGUCUAGUCGACAGAGGGGGUUACUUCAGCGAAAAAAGCCCACGAGCAUACAUGGAUAUGGCGUGGAGGUCUGGUUCUCUCCAUCUUUCAGCACCCAGCAUCUACAUUGUAGCUCUCAAAAACCUCGAUAUCCAACCAGGAAAUUGCUUUUUAAAUGUCGGUAGUGGAACAGGAUACCUUAGUACAGUCAUUGGCUUGUUACUAGGAUACAAUGGCGUUAAUCAUGGUAUUGAAGUGAAUGAUUUCAACGUUAAUUUUUCACGUGAACACUUGGUGACAUUUUUAUCUGAAUGUGAUGCACCUUUUGAACGAUCUUUUUGUCCUCCGGUAUUCCUACAUGGGAAUAUUUUAGAUUUAGUCGUUCCCUCAGUCCAACAGCCGAGUAUGGUUGAAAGACUGAAUAACUUCCCACAACCUUCUGAAAUGAUUCAAAAUAAUCUAGAUACUCAUUUAGAUAACAGUGUUAUUACUCCUGAAGGUAUAUGGACUUCAGAAGGAAGCCAAAAUCAUUCAUCGGACGCUACAAUGGAAGUAGAGGGGAAUGAUCAUGUGGUAAGCGAAAAUACCUAUCAAAAUGAUGAUCCGGAUGAUAAUAAUAAUAAUGACAACGAAAGCGAAUCUGAUCCUAUCAAGUGGGAAGAAGAGUUUAUUGUUGGAUCGCCACCUUGGAUACACCCAGAUAAUAGUCAUCCAUUAUCUGAUCAAACAGAUACAAACAUACCACGCUGGCCAGUAUAUGAUCGAAUAUAUGUGGGAGCUGCCGUUACUAGCCGUCUUCACUUACAAUCCAUACUACGAUUGCUCAAAGUCGGUGGUAUACUAGUUGUUCCUUAUCGAGAUAAAUUUAUGAAGAUCAAACGGAUAGAGGAAAAUAAAAUAACUGCAUCGGAAUUGAUGUCAGUUAGCUUUGCAACUCUUCUUCCAUCGAGAAUAGGUUCAGAGAAACAAGUCGAAUCGCCUCCUAAACCAAAUGUGAUAUCAUUGGAACAACUAGCUGCUCGCAUAAUACGCAGCCUUCUUCGAAAUGUCAUCGAGUUUCGUCAUAAUGGUCCACCCAUACUUGGCCAUAUGGAAGAAGUAGAAGAAGAAGAAGGGGAUGAUGAAGCAAAUACAAGCUGUGAUACAAAUGAAGAUUCUGAUACUUUGAUGAACAAUGCUGACAUAGAAGAACUUGAUGGACCAAGUAGGGAAAGUGGUGAAAGUGUGUUACAACCUAGAAUUCCAGGUUCACAAAACUGCUCAAUGGCUCGAUUUCUACGUUUAGCCUAUCUGUAUGUGUUGCAUUUGUCCUUACGCACUAUCUUUUUAUAGCAAUACUAAAUUUGACAAGAGGUGGAAUGUUUAAAAUGAAUCGAAUUUUAUCAUAAGCAUUUUGCAUUUCCCUGAGAGAGGAAGAAGAAUAUAUAAGGAGAUUGAUACAAAUUUUGUAUCCUAUAAGAACUUUUUUGACAUAGUUUGAUUUUCCUCGUUUAACUCAUUGUAUCCUAUGUACUUUUAGCAAAAAUGUUUACAGCUAUUUUUUUUGCUUCAUAUAUUGCUAACGUAUGACUUUUUUUUCUAAAAGCUGAAAACCGGAUUUGCUAAGUGGAUGGCUUUUAUUGAUCUAAAAUUGUUUUCCUACACCAUAAAGCAAAGUUUCUUUGGAACUGACUGGAUACCAUAGUACUCGUGGAUGACGUAUUCUCAUCCAUUUAACAGUAAAGUUGUAUCAUUGAGGAUUGUGCUUAUCGACAUUGUAUGGCUUUUAGCAGAUAUAUCCCGCUUCAGCUAGCAAUAUUAGCUUGUCACCAGGAAUUACAUUUGUCGCUUUCGUUCCAUCCGCUCUUCUUUGUUUGAUGGUUAGUAUAUUUAACUAAGUGAUAUUUGACUAAGUGGAACCGACUACUACAUUAACAUAGCAGCUACGGUUAGUUGACCAUACUCCAGUUGAGGGGGUGGGUAUGUGUAUCAAGAACAAAUAUAACAGACAUUUUUUGUUGUAGAAAUAUAGGAAGAAAAUUGCAAUAAUUGUAUCCAAUUACACACUUAACCAAAUUUGACACCUCGUCCUUCAAUGAAUAGACUCAAAUCCGACGUUCAUUAUUAAAAAUAUGGCUUAUAAAUUUUAUUAACGACGUUGAACUACCUUUUUCAGUAGCUUCGAGUGUUUUACUUUCUUGGUGUGGCGCAUAUAUAUUGGCGCUCUCUUGUACCAAUAUUUAUGUGUUCAAAUAAAUAAAAUUUACUUUCUUGGGAUUAUUUUUAACUCACUGAAGAAACAGAAUUAUGAUCUAUAAAACUGAAUUUAUCUGUUUUUAAACAAGAAAUAUCUUACUGUUUGAAUCUUUAUCUUAUUGUUCGUCUAGCCUAAACAUGUGGUUUUUAAGUGUAUGGUGUUUUGGAAAUGCGGAGUUUCGUACUUAUUGGGUGUACGAUCAAAUUUAAGUGUAUUGUGAUAAAUCUACAAAACAUUUGGUUUUUCUUUCGACAAAACUCCCUAAAUUAUUACAGUUUAUUAUUUUGAAUACGUUACACGCAAGAAGUAGACCUCAUGAUAGAACGAUCACUCAUACACCAGUUCGAUUUAAAAUAAAUCAAGGGUAACAAGUUACCCUAAGUCAGUAUUUCGGAACUACUGUUCAUUAUUGUACUAUUAGCGUCGUUCUCCCACAUUAGAUUCAGAAUACUUAUUGAGAUUAUUGUAAUGCACGAUGGAUAUAAAAAAUUUAUAUAUAUUCAAAGGAUGCAUUUCAAAUUUAAACUUAUCCAACAAAACAUAAACGGUCAUUUAUUUUUAUUAACUCUCAAAAAUGUAUGUACUGAGUCAUCAAGCUCACAAGUUCGUACACGACUAUACACUACAGCAUAGCGUGCUUGGUGUCACGUAUUAACCGGAUUUGUAAUCGAUUUUCGGUUCAAAUUUAAAUCGAUUAUACAGAUAAUUAAAAAAAAUCCAAAUUCAAUAGGUAAUGAAAUCCAAAAUAGGAAUACUAGUGGAGCAUUUGAAACAAUAAAAGUUGGAUGUAGCGCUCCUUUCUUGAAUGAAAUUCAUUGACACUGCCAAGCUUAGCAUGAAUUAUUAUUUAACAAUAUUUUCUUGUUGAAUGAAAAUUUAGUUUCGUAAAUGAUAUAUCGUGCAUGUUGUUUAUUUAUAUGAACCGCUUGUAGUAAAGUUGACUAAUGCCUACAUGCUUUUCUUUACACUUCCUUUUGGGAAUGUACAGGCACUAUUUGAUAAAUCACGCUG